AUGGCUCCACGACAACACACGACAACUAUGGAGAAACUCUCUGCCGAUGUUUUAUCGAACAUAUUUAUCAGGUUAUUCGCAAAACAGGUUGCUCAAAUGAGGUGUGUCUCUAAAUCUUGGAGUGCUCUCUUAUCUCAAUCCUCCUUCAUAAACUCCCACCUCCAUCAUUCUACCCAUCACAACAACGAUAAAAUUCUCAUGUUACUCCGCAAGGCAUGUGAUUUUGGCUCUGAACCCAUCACAGCACACCCUUCUCCAUCUCCCCAUGUGGAACUCACUAAUUUCAUCAAACUCCCUGUUAAUCUUAAUUUUGAAGGCGCCAGUGUUAUUGGAUCUGUUAAUGGCUUACUAUGCUUGAAUUGCAGAUCAUAUAAUGGUGGUUCUGGCCUUCAUAUUUGGAAUCCAUGUCUCUCCGCUGUUUUAGCUAUUCCACCAUAUUCUAUGCCAUCUCAUGGUCAUGAUCAGAAGGAAACUCUUUUCCGAUUUGGGUUUGAUCCCAAAACUGAUGACUACAAAAUUGUUAAGCUUGAAGCUCUUCUCGAAACAGAAAGGAUCGACCUAAUUUUGGUUGCAUUUCUCGGUAUUUCUUUAAUUUCGGUUAAAGAGUGGCUACAAGUAGAGGUUUAUAGCAUGAGAAAGGGUUCAUGGAAGGUAAUCACUCAAAGGUUUCCAUCUCAAAUCAUUGGGAUUUCAAUAACAGAUGAUGUUUGUGUAUAUGGACAUCUUCAUUGGCUUUGCAUUUUUAAUCCAAAAUCAUCCAUGCCAAUUUGCAAACUAGUGUAA